GAAGCCAGCGAGGAUCUGAAGAAGUGCCUGGGGAAGCCCCACCAGACUGUGGACACAAAGUCCAAGAAGAAGCGAGCCAGGGACAAGAAGAAGGAAAAGGAGACUCCGCCACCACCCCGAAAGAAAGCAAAGAGGGAGAAAAAGCUCUUUGCCAAAGAGGAGCCCAAGGAGGAGCCUAAGGAGGAGUCUGAUGACGAGGGUGAAAAGGACUGCGAAGGGGAGGAGCCGGCGGUACCGACUCCUCCGUCGGAUGCCGAGAGCGCCUCGGAGGCCGAGCCGGAAGCCGAGGCCGAGGCCGAGGACUCCAACGUCGACUCCGGGGACUUUGACGAGUGUGACGACGACGACGACGACGACGACGAUGAUGAUGAGGAUGUCUUCGCUGGCGAUUUCAAAGUCAUCAAGAAGGCCCCGUCCCGCGAGCAGUUGCUGGAGACGCUGCCUCCAUCCUUGGCCAGCCAGCAGUCCAAGCUCGAAGACGGCCUGAUAGCAGCGAUCCCGCAGGAUCUGACUAAGUCUGACUUCGACAGCUGGAUCGCUGUGCUGCUCAAGGAGCAGAUGUUUUCUUUGGAUGAAGUGAAGGAGUGCCGAGGCCUGGACGGGCCGCUAUCCUCGCAUCUCUCCGUAUCCAAGAAGUAUUUCAAGAAGCUGUCCAUAAAGGGGAAGAAGUUGUUUGAUACAUGGGUGGAUUCCUUGAGGUUCCCGGACAAGGAUGCCCCGCUCUCCACGCCUUCGGGCCGCCGGCCGUCAGCUGCAAAGGUGAUUGCCGUGAAGUUCGUGCGACCGCAGCACCUGUACAAGGUGCUUCCUGAAUGCCUGACAAUGUUCCUCGGCAUGACCCACGAGUUGAAUCAAUAUGCACUGUAUCUCCGCAGCAGCCCGGCCCAGUCGGCAGGGUUGCUGUCAAGCAAGGCAGAGGAUGAGGCGAAGCAGGCAAUUCUGGAAUCUAUGUCGCGAGAGUGGAAACUUGUUUUGUCCCUGGAAGCCAGGCCUCAGGCACGAGCAUUGCUUCAUCAGCAUUGUGGGUACGUGCUGUAUCAGCAGUAUCGAGAAACCAUGGGUUUUUUCGAGCGGUCGGGGUUCAAGCUUACACGCGACGGCACGGAGCUGCUACAGUCUUGGUUUCCGGAAGUGCCGUGGAGUGCCAAUCUUGAAUCAGUUUUCGGCGAAAUGCAACACGCGGUUCGAAGAACCGGAAAGGCUGAUGUUGGAUCCUUAUCGAAUCUGAUGUCGGUUGCAAUUCGUGGAUUGGAGAGGCGAGUUUUCACGGACGCGGACGAGAACCCCAAGCCACUGCGACUGGUGCCAGAAGACUGGGUCGGCAAGCAAACCAAUGCUUUGAAGUCCAAGAUGUUUAGCCCCACCUCAGCCCAGCCCUGCAAGAAUGUGAACUUGGACAACAUUGCAAAGCCGUUUCCAUCGACGUCUGCAUUUCAUCACACGCAGCAUUCGCUGAACUUCAUGAAAGGGUUGCUGGAAGCAGACAGGCAAGGGCUGAGCCCUGUUGCUGCCAGCACCUCCUUUUGGGUGCCCAACUGCUUCAGCGCCGGCACGCUUCUCCAGAAGGACAACACGUUCUUCUUGUCGACAGGAAAGACGCCGGGGAGGUUGUAUGCUGUGCAGCUCAAGGAGCUUCCAUGGCUUUUUUCCGGAAAGCUCCCGGCACGGCAGAUGGACGAGAAGUGCAUGCCGGCAAGCAAUACGGGCACCGUCGCCGACGUUUUGGGAGCUGGUCAGGCAACAAAGGCCUUGUGCUUGGAUGUCGGAAGGACACUCAUGCAUCAGUUUUUGCUCAAGACCUCCGAGGUGCAGCUGUUUGAGUACACGGUGCAUUUGGCACCGAAAGGUGUCGAGGACAAGUGUGGCUGCGGCUUCCUGCUGCGACGAGGAGUCAAAAGCUACGGCCUCGUGGCUUACUUGGUCCACACUUUGGAGAUCCUGAAGCUGCACAGCGCCACGAUCAGCGAGAUCCUUUUCGAGGCUGACAUCCGGCUGCCCAAGAAUACAAGCAAAGGCCUGAAGAUCAGACGUGUUCUCGAGAUGGAUUCGGUCAAAAAUCAUGUUUCCGAGGGCACCAUCGCCAGCAUACAGAAGAUUCUGGAUGAGCAAGACGAGAAACGGAAGCAAAACAAAGACCAGAAGCAGGAGACGGAGCAGAACGAGGAGGACAGCAAAUAG